AUGAGACACAAACGAACAGGCAAAAUUAUGGCUGUGAAGAGAGUGAGGUCCACUGUGGUAGAAAAAGAACAAAAACAAUUAUUAAUGGAUUUAGAAGUUGUUAUGCAAAGUAAUGAUUGCCCUUAUAUAGUCCAGUUUUAUGGAGCUUUAUUUAAGGAGGGUGAUUGCUGGAUCUGUAUGGAGUUAAUGGAAAUCUCAUUAGAUAAAUUUUAUAAAUUUAUUUAUGAUGAACAAAAUAGUACGAUACCAGAAGAAAUAAUAGGCAAAAUAACAGUGGCUACUGUUAAAGCCCUGAAUUAUUUAAAAGAAAAAUUAAAAAUUAUACAUAGGGAUGUGAAACCCUCCAAUAUUCUGCUGGACAGAAACGGUAAUAUAAAGCUCUGUGAUUUUGGUAUUAGCGGCCAACUUGUAGAUAGUAUAGCAAAAAGUCGUGAUGCUGGUUGUCGACCUUAUAUGGCGCCUGAGAGAAUAGAUCCUAAAGCUUCUAGUAGAGGAUAUGAUAUAAGAUCUGAUGUAUGGAGUUUAGGUAUCACUUUAACGGAAACAGCUACGGGACGUUUUCCAUUUAAAAAAUGGAACAGUGUAUUUGACCAAUUAACUCAAGUUGUACAGGGGCCACCACCUCGGUUACAGAGUAACUCUCAAUUCUCAGAGGAAUUUAAAAACUUUAUUUCUUUAUGUUUAACGAAAGAAGAAAGACAAAGACCAAAAUAUACUAAACUUUUGGAACAUCCAUUUAUCAAAAGAUAUGAAGAAAUGGAUGUGAACGUUAGCGCUUACGUUAGUUCAGUUUUAGAUCAGAUAAACUUGACCACUCCCUCUCCAGAAUAUAGUGCUAGUUCUUCAGAACACUUGUCUUAG